CACGAGUCACGAGGAAAGAAAGAAAAAAGGAAAAGAAAACAACAGCUGUUCUGUUCCGCUCCUUUUCUUAAUCGGGCCCCACCAACGUCUCUCCUCGGGCUUCACGCGCGCGCGCGCACACACACACUGAUAGGACAGCCAAUCAGUUCGCCGGCGAGAUGGCAGCCGCCGCCGUUGAGGUAGCCGAGAACGGCAAUGUGGAAUCACCGGAAUCAGCUCUGAUUUUUCUCGGGACCGGUUGUUCGAGCGCCGUGCCGAAUGCGAUGUGCUUGAUCCAGCCCUCCGAUCCUCCUUGCCACGUCUGCUCCCAGUCUCUAACCCUACCGCCGGAUCAAAACCCUAAUUACAGGUGCAAUACAUCUCUCUUAAUUGAUUACUGUGGCAGUGAGGGCAAACAUAAAUACAUCUUGAUCGAUGUUGGCAAGACUUUCAGGGAGCAAGUACUCCGAUGGUUCACCGCUCAUAAAAUUCCGCACGUAGAUUCAAUUAUAUUAACUCAUGAACAUGCCGAUGCUGUUCUCGGUUUGGAUGAUGUACGCACUGUGCAACCUUUUAGUCCAACAAAUGACAUCGAGCCAACUCCCAUUUGGAGAUUCAAGAACGGUGCAAUUUUCUCGAAAAAAACCCAUUCCACCAAGAACGCCCACAAGGUGUUCGACGAUUUUCCCGCACCGAUUCUUGAGCCGGUACCCGAGCUAUUGGAGGAUGACGAGGAGGAUAAUGCUCAUGCACAUGGUGGAGUUGGUGAGCAACCCGACGAUGGUCCCGACGCUUAA